AUGAUGAAUCGAUACCAACACCAACACCUACAAACACAUAAUUCGAAUACAAUUCUUCAAUCAAACCAUCACUUUCACUUAACUAGUAGUACAACAACAACAACAUCUGUUCUACAACCACCAAUUGAUACUUAUACAUCGAAUAACAAUUCAAUUAUUGAUAUACAUCAACAAAAUCAUUAUAAUUUACUUGAUGAUAAUUAUAUUUAUAAUCCACCACCAUCCUAUUGUACUAAACAUCAUCAUCCAAUAUAUCGUUCACCAACUAUUUGUACAUUAGAUACUCAACCAUCAUCAGUUUAUGAAACAUAUACAUCACCAUCACCUUCAUCAGCAACAACAACAACAACAACAACAACAACAGCAGCACCAAAUAUUCCAGUAAAUACUUAUGAACAAUUUUGUAUUGAUAAUUCUCAAACAUCACCACCAUCAUCAUCAUCAUGGAUAACAACAACAGCAGGAACUAAUGAAGGAACAAUAUAUCAUCCAAUUCAAUCAUUUGAACAAUGUAAUGUUUAUUUAAAUAAUUCACAAUUAUCUGAACAAAAUAAUUAUCGAGAUUAUUCAUCAAUACCAUUAUCUAAUAAUGAAACAUCAUCUUCAUCAACAUCAUCAUCAUCAUCAUUUAAUAAUCCAUCUCAAUGUCAACAACAACAACAACAACAACAACAACAACAAUAUCGACAUCUUGAACAAUCAUCUAUAGAUGAAAAACCUCUUUCUAUUGUUACUAGUGAAGCAAAAUAUAAAUGGAUGCAAAUAAAACGUACACCAGCUAAAACAGCAGGUAAACCGACUGAUUAUAAUUAUAAUAAUGGUACAUCACUAGUGAAUGGAUCAUCAUCGAAUUCAUUGAUAAAUAAUAAUGCUGGUCGAACGAAUUUUACAAAUAAACAAUUAACAGAAUUGGAAAAAGAAUUUCAUUUUAGUCGUUAUUUAACACGAGCAAGACGUAUUGAAAUAGCAGCAUCACUUCAAUUAAAUGAAACACAAGUGAAAAUUUGGUUUCAAAAUCGUCGUAUGAAAGCAAAAAAACGACAGCGUGAACCUGAUAUUCUUACAUUUGAUUCCAUGUGA